AUGGGCUGGGUUUUGCCGACCAGCGUGUCCGAAAGCAACGCUGUGACGGUGUACUUCCAGCUGAACGAGGAUGGCACUGUCUGGUGUGUGGCCAAGGAAGACGCAGGACUGGGCACUACGACGCCCACCUCAGGGGAGAUUCUCCUGAACUCGAACGUGGAUUCCUGGGGCACCCAAACCGUGGAAGCCGCCUUGAGCUAUAAGGCAUCCAUCAAGCUGGACGGGCUCAGGGAGGGAACGACCUACGACGUCUACUGCUUCGCCGAGGACACCGCUGGGAAUUUCCUGGACGGCACGCCGGCCUACGCGGCAGAUCCAGGCAAGAUCACGGCCACCAAGCUGAGCGUCACCACCUUGUCGGUCUUCAUCGCAUCCCGGCUCCUGGUGACCGCCCCGAGCGCCGCCCAGUGA